AUGGUGGUGUUCGUCGACUUGGACCAAGAUGCCUUCGCCGAGUAUUCCGGAUCAACGGGAAAACCAUUCCCGUCCAAGCUGACCGUCACGCCUAUCGCGACCGCAGCUUCGGCUAAUUUCCCUCCUUCCCCCACCUCCUCGGACGAAGAUCGCACUCGCAAUCGCGACGCAGGUGUCCCCUCGACCUCGACUACUGUCGAGGACCCGGUGAAUCCCAAUCGGAAUGCCUUCUCUGCUGCUUUGAGCUGUUACCCUAUUGUCAAGGAAAUCGCUCGCGCAAUCGACUUGAACACUCUUUACGAUUUAUCGCGUACAUGUCGCCAGUUUCAUGUGAACCUCGCGCCCUUCCGGCACCAGCUGGUGCGAGAAACACUCCGGUGCGAGAAUGAGUAUAUCGAGACGGUCGCGGAGAUGCUAGAUGCCGGUACCGCCAUCCCUAGCAGCGUCAAGUCGGUCCUGCAAUUGCUGAGCCAGGGUAGCUCGGAGUCAGGCCGGAUGACGCGCGGGAAAGUGGGCAAGUGUGCACGCGACAUGGUGGGUGAAUGUCGGCGUUGCAGUAAGACUGUUUGCAGGAAUUGCACUAUCAAACCGCCAUCACAACUAGCCAUGAAGGGUCGUAUUCGUCGACUUUGUCGCACAUGUAAUACGGCUCCGCUCUCUCACCAUCUACAAUGGAUGACAGACGAGUCAUCACCAGAUCAUCAUACCAUGCAUAAAGCAAUUAAAGCAGAAACACUAUCGCAAAAUAUCUGUCACUGUAGCGAUGCAGUCUGGCUUUGUGUCCAAUGCGGUCAAACCCUCCGCAGUAACGACACAACCUACCGCCGCGUGUGGGCCUGGCGUACGAGAUACAGUACAUACCUCGGCGGAGGCCUCGGCACAGGAAUCGGCGAAGGAUGCCAAGGCGUGAAAUGCGGCCGUGGCGAAGCCUGUCUCGCCGGACAAGAGAUCGAGCUCGAAGUUGACUGUGAAGCGGAUGAGAGUUCAAGUGACACGAGUAGUACAGGCCACCAUAGCCCGGGGAGUCAUCCGUCCGCUUCGGCAUCGUCACAUUAUCACCAUGACCUGGUUUCCUCGGAUAGUCACGAUGAUGAGGAACCAGGGUACUUCCGGCAGGAGGUCAUUGGGUUAGGUGGCGUUGUUAAGCAUAAGGCUAAAAAGAGGGUUAUGGUGGGUGCUUGUGUUGUUGAAUACGAGGAUGAGAGGGAGACGGGGAGGUAUCUUGCUAGGGAGGAGAGUGGUUCGCAUCGGGCUUGGUGUGGGUGGUGUUCGCGGGUGAUUCCUGCGCAAAAUGAGCUUGAAAUGAAUCAAUGA